AUGUCAAAAUUGAUGUUUUCGCAGUCAUCACUAGUCAUUAUAAAAUUACUCUGGUCGAAAUUGUCUAAGUUCUUAACAAUGAUUUUUAGGCCUUUUAUUCAACCGAGGUUCAAUAAACAGUUUCUAUUCGUGCCCAAUUUUAUACUAGCUCAUACCAGCACUUGUCCAGCUUCAAAACCCAAAUGUGGAGCAUCCGCAGGCAAGGGGGGAACGACUUCUAUAAAAAAAAUUGAUUUCAAACGCGCUGAAAAAUCUGCCCCAUGUCGAUUCGGUUUCAUACCUGAAGAAUGGUUUCAAUUUUUUCACUCAAAAACGGGCGUUACUGGACCAUAUAUAUUUGGACUAGUUUUUGUUAAUUAUCUUGUCAGCAAAGAAAUAUAUGUGUUAGAACAUGAAUAUUACAGUGGGCUAUCGUAUGUUGUUAUUUUGUACUUUAUAUCGAAAAAAAUGGCCCCUGGAAUAGGAGCUAGCCUUGACAAAGAAGUAGACGCCGAAAUAGCCGAGUGGGAGAAGGGGAGAGCAGAUCAAAUGAAGGUUUUUGAAACCACGAUUAAAGAUGCUAAAGAUGCGCAAUGGAGAGCUGAAGGCCAAAAAAUAUUGAUCGAAGCCAAGAAAGAGAACGUGGCUAUGCAAUUAGAAGCAGUAUAUCGAGAAAGAGCAAUGCGGUUAUACCAAAUGGUUAAAGGGAGAUUAGAUUAUCACGUCAAAAAACGGAGAACUGAAAACAAAUUACACCAGAAAUGGAUGAUUGCAUGGAUUUUGGAGAAUGUUCAUAAAUCAAUAACAGCGGAUUUUCAGAAACAAGCCCUUAAUCAGGCGAUUAAAGAUUUAGCUCUUGCCGCUAGUCGUGUUAAAUAG